AUGGAGGAGGUGUCAGCAGCCCUGGCCAAAAUGCAUCCAGAACUCGUCUGUCUCGUCUGCCUGGACUACCUCAAUGACCCUGUCACCAUCGACUGCGGCCACAACUUCUGUGACUCCUGUAUCCGCAUGUCAUGGAAGGACCUGCAGAACACAUUCCCCUGUCCUGUGUGCCGGCAGGCCCGCCAGGAGAUGCUUGUCAGUGCCAACGCCCAGCUGGGCAGGCUGGUGGACCUGGCCAAGCUCCUGCACAGAUCUGAGAGCAACGAGAUGGCGCGGGCAGAGGAGCGCUGGUGUGAGGAGCACAGACAGGGAGUGAGUCUCUUCUGCGAGGAUGACCAGGAGCUGGUAUGUCCUCUGUGUGCCCAGGGCUCUGCCCACCAGGGCCACCACGUCAGGUCGGUGGCCGAGGCAGCGGCUCAUCACAGACAGAGGCUUGGUGACUAUAUCGAGUCCCUGAAGAAGCAGCUGGUAGAGGUGCAGAAGCAAGAAGUCGCCCAAGAUAGAAACCUCCUGCAGCUGAGAGCAGACGUGGAAAAGCACAGGAGUCAGCUGGCCUCGGAAUUUGAGCAGCUCACCCAGUUUGUGGAGCGUGAGCAGGAGGCGGCGCUCUACAGGCUGGCAGAAGAGGACAAACACCUGCAGCAGCAGCUCAGGGUCAACCUGGAGGCCUACUCGGACAACAUCUCGGAGCUGAAGGACCUCAGACGGGUGGUGGCGGAGCGAAGCGUGAUGUCGGAGGAGAUGGUGCUGAGGGGGGUGAGGGACCUACAGCAGCGCUGGGCGGGACUGCAUCCCCCGGCCGUGCAGCUCCUGCGCUUCAGGCCAGUGACCUACAGCCUCCCUCCUCUGUGCUCAGCACUCAGCGGCAUCAUCCAGAGAUUCCGAGAGAGGAUCAGCCUGGACCCCGACACGGCCCACCCCAGCCUGCACGUGUCCCAGGACCUCCAGUCGGUGACCUGCGUGAGGAAGAGGUCCAAAGGGGAUGGGGACCCCGUGCCCUGGGAUGACUACACCCCGCUGGUUGUCCUGGGCCGGGAGGGCUUCACCUCUGGCCGCCACUACUGGGAGGUGCAGGUGGGCGCCAAGCCCGAGUGGGCUGUGGGCGUGUGCAGCGUCGCCCCUUUGGCCCAGACCUCACGGCCCCUGGUGGCUCCCAAAAGAUGCUGGACGCUGCAGCUGCAGGACGGCGACUACCUGGCCGUGGGCUCGGGGACCGUGCCUCUGGCUUUCAGGGACCAGCCUGCUACCAUCGGCCUUUACCUGGACUGGGAGCUGGGCCAGCUUUCCUUCUACAAUGCGGCCAACAGGUCUCACCUGUACUCGUUCACAGAGCCCUUUGCUCAAGAGCUCAAGCCAUACUUUCGCGUGGGGCCUGACUGCACCCCUCUCUCCGUGAGGGCGGGGAGGGCUGGGGAAGGGUGA